AUGGCACGCAUUGAGGGCCUUCCCAUAGAGCUCAUACAUUCCAUUGUGUCUUUUCUUGUCGAACCCGAAGAUGAUCUCGACCUACUCAGCGGAGGUCAAACCACGAAAGCCAAAGAUGGCUAUACAAAGAAAUUAGAUGACGAAUAUGAUGACAACGAAUAUGAAGAUGACGCGUACGAUGGAAUUGAGACUCUGCGCAAUGUUUGCCUAGUUUCGCGGCAGUUCCGUGAGGUUGCCCAACCUUUACUCUUCCGUGAGCUUUAUGAUGAUGGCAUGGCCGGUGAUCUAACGCCGAGCAUCCCAUUCACCAAAACAAUCUAUCGGCGUCCAGAUCUUGGAAAGCAUGUGGUCCCCGAUUCUCUUGCCUCUGAAGACUGCGAGUUCUUCAAAGGCAUAAUUAAGGACCUUCAAUUGGCCGAUGAGGAGGAAACAUGGAUUUCAGCUAUGAACAAAUGCGACAUCAGCAUCUUCGUAGCAUUGCUAGCCAACAAGACCCCCAAUGUUCGCGGGAUACAUCUGCCAGUGCGCAAAUUCUCAAUCCAGCCAUUCAUCCAGCUUUUCCAUCGCAAUCCAGAAUUUUUAUCGAACCUCGAGUCUGUCUGCAUUGAAAGCGAUGACGAACUUUCCGGCUUCGAUAUUGCUUCCUACGAGAAAUUCCUUACCCUUCCCAAGGUCACACUUUCGACUUUUGAGUACGGUGAUCUCUUCGACACAUCAUUUCCAUCUACCUGGCUGCCUGGAACAUUAGAGACCCAAGAACUCGCCUUCCACCACUGCCACAUCGAUGCUGGCGCCCUCAAAAAGCUAAUGCAAGCAUGCAAGAAACUCAAAACCUUUACCUACAACAAUUUCAGCUUGGAUCCUAACGACCGACGAAUCAUGCGCGCGGGAACCGUGCCCGAGUUUAACGUCAAGGAGGCUCACGAAGCCGCCCUCCUACAUAAGGACACGCUUGAACUCUUCCACGUCGAGUACGCAAUGGAACUACCGGAUGUCGAUGAUAUCGAGCAACUCGUUUCUAGCCACGUCAAGGUUGGCUCAUUCCGUGAUUUCUCCGUGCUCGAUACAAUCCUAGUCCCACACGCUUCUCUUCCACUACACCCUCAAUUUCCUAGCUCGUUAGAGACACUCCAUAUCACGGACUGCAACUCUUCUAUCCGGGAGUUGACUCAGAACAUCGCGACAGAUUGUAAAAAUGGUCUUUAUCCGAAGUUGACUAACGUCAAGGUAUUCGCAAUUGACAUCACACAGCCCAUUAAGCUUCCUGGGCAACGUGUUCCAGAAGGAAAAACGCCAGAGCAAUGCUUCCUUGUUCUGAAGGAGAUGUUCAAAGGAACCAAAGUGAAUUUCCAGAUCUUGCCGUAUGAAUUACCUGAUUUUGAUGAUUACGGUGAUCUCGACGAUUAUGAUGAAGAUCUCGGCUAUGAGGAAGAUUUCAUAGAACCGGGAUUCGAAGAAUUUCCCCCAGGAGCGGAUCCCGACAUGGGUUCGAUCCCACCACGGAUUCUGGAUUUACUUAUGCGGCGGGCUAUGAUGGAUCCUGAGUUUGCACACCUUCAUGCCGAUGAGGAUAGUGAUGACAAUUCUUGGGAAACUGAGGACAGCGAUUGA